CAUGAUGGAGUCCGUACUGGUUUUUCCUCACUGGUAUUUCGACAUUCGUCAUCAAUACUUUUUAGGUUAAAAAGUUGCAGGGUUUUUAUAUAACGCAGUAUGGUGGUAACUAUUUUGGAAGGAAAGGUGUUGGGUUCGAUUCUCAUCACUUGUCCUUUAGAUUUCGAGUUUCUUGGGCUGUAGGAUUCCCAAUCCAGCCUUUUUUUUAAGGGGGAACGUAUUGGUUCGAUUCUCAUCAAUUGUUCCUUCGGUAUUUUGUUUCUUGGGCUGUGGGAUUACCAAUCCAGCCCUUUUGUAAUAAGGAGGGGGUGUGGAGCUCGAUCCCUUACAGCGCUGCUCUAUAUCGCCUUAUUCGGAGUUUUUUCUUGGAAUUCUGAAGGAUGAGCCUUGAAACCCUUUCAAAAACGUCCCCUCCCGCUUUUGAGGAGGAUGAAAACAUAAAAAACAACAAUUCUGAUUCGUCUGAGUUGAAAACUGAUUUAACUGGUAAGACAACUCCGAUACGAUCUCUUCCUGCAAAGAGAGAGCUCGUAAUGGAGGAGAAAAGUAUUGACAGCUCUGCUGCCAUCGACCUAGAAGAGUUGCUGGCGCAAACGUACCCAAAGGAAGCUUCUACACCCAUUAAUAUGUCAAGCGAAAUUGUUGCUCAAGGGUCGGUCCGCAGAUCGAAACGCGCCAAGACAAGCGCGCAAGACAAAGCGCCGGAGAAAGCAACUGAUUCUGUGAAGAAAUGGUCCGGCGAGGAAGAGAUUUGCCUGGCCAGGGUUCUCUUGGAAUGUACUUCUCCCGAAGGCGAAGUCAACAUAGGGGCGUUUUACCAGCGAGCUAAGGAAGCGCUGAAUUCUGGGGUAAGUACCAAGCAGCUCUAUGAUAAGAUGAGAGGAAUGAAGACUAGGUUUUUGUCUAUAAAGUCCAAGCUAAAAUAUCAGAACAUUGCUGAAGAAAAUUUUUCUUACAAGGCCCCUCACGAGCCAGCACUUUUCGCUAUCUGGAAGCGGCUGUGGGGGAGUAACAACGCUAGUACGAAAGUAGAAGCUGAAAACCCUAAAAAAACCCGAAACGCUAAGAACCCUAUUGGGCUUGUUAAAGAGGAGCAAGAGGAAGACACGUGGCUGCAAAGCCUAACGCAAAGUACAAGAGAAAAUGGAGGGCGUGGCUUGGAUAAUGACAUUGUAUGUGCACAGAGAAGAUACCAAACAGAUAGUGUAGCUGCCGCUCCUGCUCCUGCUUCUACUGCUCGUGCUCCUGCUCCUACUCCUGCUUCUGCUCCUGCCGCUGUAGAAAAUUCACAAUCCUUGGGAAGGAUGCAAGAUAGGGCCUGUGUGAUUCCUCUUGUGUUGAAAAGAAUGAAGGAGCUUGUGGAUUCUGUAAAUUCUGUGGAGGAAUUUCCCUACCUCGAUGCUGUGGAAGCCCGUGAAUUGCAGCAGAAAUGGCGCAGGAUCAGGAUUCAGGAGGUAAGGUUGUUUUCUGAAGGAUUGGGAUUGUUGAAUGAGCAAUGUAAGUUGAUGUUGGAAAGUUUGGAAGCUUCAAAUGGCAGUCACGGAGGUUAAAAUUUUGGGAUCACGUUACUUUCUUUGUUUUUCUUCUUCUGGGUAUGUUCAUAAGUUGUUGUCUGUCUGGAUUAUCAAGAGCAGUUUUCCCUACAGUUUAUCUUUGUAGGUUUUUAUUGUAAUUAUUAGAUGCUUGCUAAUGAGAAGAGAAAGUUAUAGGGACAGAUUACUUAUUUUUUUCUGUGGUGAAUGUUAAUAAAUUGUUGUUGUUCUUCGAGAAUCAAUAACAGCUGACUUUGCUGGUGACCUUCAGAGGUCAUUAUUGUAAGUAGCAGAUGUUUGUUAAGAGCGGGCAGUAGUAAUUCACUUGCUUUGUCUCGGAGAUCCAAAACCUUCCUAAUCUUUGGUGAAACUGUUUAUUUUUAUGAUUUAUAAUCCCAACUAAUUUGUUCAUGGUA